AUGCCAUUUAGCGAUAUCUCAAUCAUUAUAAACAAUUCGAAGUGUAUUUGCUCAGAUCUUCAACAUGCUGAUUAUUCUCCAGCUUAUGCAUGGUUUAACUAUUUCUUAAUAAUUAUUUUAUUACCAUCGAUAUCAGUAUUUGGAGUGUUAGCUAAUAUAUUGAACAUAUAUGUAUAUUCCAGAAAACGGAUGCAGACUUCAGCGAACAAUUAUCUGCUUUUUUUGGCUUGUAGUGAUUUUCUAGUGAUAUUGACUGGCUUAUUUAUUUUCUGGCUUGAUUCAGCGAGAUCUUAUAUUCCAUCACUAGCUCAUGUGCCAUAUAUGACAGUCUAUGCUUUACCAUUUGGGUAUAUGGCACAAACUUGUAGCAUUUAUUUUACAGUAGCAGCAGCCAUCGACUGUUAUGUACAAGUAUCCUGGGAAGAAAUAAGGGAUAAUUAUUGCACUGUAAAAAAAGCGAUGGAGAUCAACAUAUGCAUUACAUUGUGUUCUAUUAUAUAUAAUUCUCUCAGGUUCCCACAAUUCAAUCUCAGAAAAUGUUUUCAUGAUGCCACACAGGAAUUGAUAAUUGAAAUUUGCCCAACAGCGUUAUUUUUUGCAAUCAAUACUAUUUAUAACGUAUAUAUGUAUAUGAUAUUAAUGACUUUAUUACCAUUUCUUUGCCUUUCGAUUUUAAAUGCAAUGAUUGUGGUUCGUAAAUCAGUUAAACCAACAGAUUUAGAACAAAAUGUAGAAAAUGACGACGAUACGUUAACAAUGAUUAUGGUGGUCGUAAUUUUUCUUUGUUGCAAUACUUUGGCAUUAAUUGUUAAUUUGAUUGAGACUUUCUUCAAUCCAGAUGCUUUAUUAUUGAAUUUUCUCACGGAUGGCAGUAAUUUUUUGGUUAUAUUCAAUUCGUCAGUGAAUUGUCUCAUUUACUUGAUUUUUAACAAAAUUUAUCGACAAAUCUUUUUGUAUGCUUUUUUUUUCAAAAAUUUUCUUAUUAAAUUAGAUAUUUUUUUUUUAUAUCAAAGCAUUCGCCAUUUCUUGAUUAAGCUUGAUUUGUUGAAUUGUUCUGACCAUCAACUUUGGCUAGGGAAUCACUUGAAAUACGAUCGAAAUAUAGAUGAGUGGUUAACAUCAUCAUCUGGAUUUUUCAUUUUUGAAAGACAAAAGAAUCCCAGCAUCAGCGCUCUAAAAUUAUAA